AUGGAGAACGAGACGUGGCCGCACCCUUCAUACAUCCCCCAUUAUCUCCUCCACGGGGACCCUUUCGCCUCAAAACUGUCCAGAGAGGCGGAUAUCAUUGCUGCCUUUUACAUCUGUAUCAUAGGAGUCAUGUCUGCAACAGGCAACGGCUACGUCAUUUAUAUGACCAUCAAACGCAAGACCAAGUUGAGGCCUCCUGAGCUCAUGACUGUUAAUCUAGCCGUCUUCGACUUUGGCAUAUCAGUGACAGGAAAGCCCUUUUUCGUUGUAUCUAGUUUCGCCCACCGCUGGUUGUUCGGUUGGGAAGGUUGCCGUUUCUACGGCUGGGCGGGCUUCUUCUUCGGUUGCGGGAGCCUCAUCACUAUGACCGUGGUCAGUCUGGACCGGUACCUGAAGAUCUGCCAUCACAGAUACGGCACAUGGCUGAAACGCCACCAUGCCUUCCUGUGCCUGGCCUUUGUGUGGGUGUAUGCCGCUUUCUGGGCCACCAUGCCCCUGGUCGGCUGGGGAAACUACGCCCCGGAGCCCUUCGGGACCUCCUGUACGUUGGACUGGUGGCUGGCACAGGCGUCCGUGUCCGGCCAGAGCUUUGUCAUAGCCAUCCUGUUUUUCUGCCUCGUCUUCCCCGCGGGCAUCAUCGUCUUCUCCUAUGUCAUGAUUAUCUUCAAGGUCAAGUCGUCCGCAAAGGAGAUCUCGCACUUUGACGCCCGCAUCAAAAACAGCCACAUCCUCGAGAUAAAACUCACAAGGGUGGCAAUGCUGAUCUGUGCAGGCUUCUUGAUAGCUUGGAUCCCUUAUGCAGUGGUGUCGGUGGUGUCAGCGUUUGGUGAGCCCGACUCCGUGCCCAUCACCGUGUCUGUCAUUCCCACGUUGCUGGCCAAGUCCUCGGCCAUGUACAACCCCAUCAUCUACCAGGUGCUGAACCUGAAAAAUUCCUGCACGAAAUCCACCUGUUUUAAGGGCCUGAAGAAACGCAAGCAUUUGAGAAAGUCCAGGUUCUGCACCAUUUCUGGCUCGUUAAAGGACAACACACCACCCAAAGAUGCUCACAUCGAGACACUUUAG